AUGUCGACUACACUGGGCUCCUUCAUAGCAGGCGGCAUAGCAGCAUGCGGCGCCGUCACCGUCACACACUCCUUCGAGACCGUCAAGAUCCGAUUACAACUGCAAGGAGAGCUGCAAGCAAAACGAGAUGCGCCGCGGUUAUACAAGGGCGUGCUGCACGGGGUGAAGGUCAUCUACACGAAUGAAGGCCUCAAGGGACUGCUGCGCGGUCUCAGUUGUGCCUACAUCUACCAAAUGACCCUCAAUGGCUGCCGUCUCGGCUUCUACGACCCCAUCCGCACCACCCUCAACUCCCUCUACCUCACGCGCUCCCCACUCCACGGCCGCGAAGCGAACAUAAAAGCCUACCAAUCCCUCCCCAUCAACAUCUUCUCCGGCGCCUCCUCCGGAAUCCUCGGAGCCUUCCUAGGCUCACCCUUCUUCCUCGUCAAGACCCGUCUCCAAUCCUUCUCCCCCUUCCUCCCCGUAGGGACACAACAUCAAUACCGCAACGCGUGGGACGGGCUACGGCAGAUCUACGGCGCGGAGGGCAUCAAAGGCCUGUGGAGAGGCGUAGGCCCCGCGAUGGUACGGACGGGAUUCGGAUCCUCGGUGCAACUCCCGACAUACUUCUUCGCGAAACGACUACUCCAACGGAACUUCAACAUGCAGGACGGCGCGCCGCUGCACCUCAUGUCCUCGACCGCGUCAGGCGUCGUCGUCUGUAUCUUCAUGCACCCGCCGGACACUGUCAUGAGCCGGAUGUACAACCAGACCGGAAACCUCUACUCGGGAGCUUUCGACUGCUUAUACCGGACCGUGAAGACUGAGGGGAUCCUAGCGGUGUAUAAGGGUUUCUUCGCGCAUUUGGCCAGGAUAUUGCCGCAUACGAUCUUGACGCUGAGUUUGGCGGAGCAGACGAAUAAGCUCAUGAGGAGGUUUGAGGAUCGGGUAUUGAGCAAGGAGGUUAAGGAGAAGCUGUAG